UGACACAGGGGCCUGAAGUGGCCGGGCAGGGAGGGGCCUCGGGCAGUCCAGCUCCAGGCACCAUCUGUGCAGGCCCCUCUGCAGCCCAGCCGGCCAGCUGCCUGCUCCACAGCCUCCGCGGCAGAGACAGAGGGGUGGAAGGAGAGGCAGUGCCAGACCACCACCAUGCAUGGAUUGAGGCUCUUCUGCUGCUGCGUGGCCCCGAUCCUGCUCCUUGGGGCGCGGGCAGAACUGCAAGUCUCUGCCCCGGAUGGCACAGAAGACUCUGCCACCUUUGCCGAAGGAGGCUUGUUGCCCGGAGACCCAAGCCUGGCAGAGAAGGAGAAGCUGCUCUAUGGAGACUCUGCUGCUGCUGCCACUGCUGCCAUCCCACCUGGGACAGGAAUUCCCUUCCGGCCCUUAGACAGCCAGGAGGAAGCCAGCACAGGUGUGGAAGGAAGCCCUCAUGCUGAUGGCUCCACUGAGGCAGCUGCUGAACUGGACACCAGCUCCUUGGAAGCUGAGGGUCUGAAAGAAAAGGAAGCCCCUGUUGCUGAACCACAGAAUGCCCCCGACAAAGGGCGUGACACGGAUGGGCAAAGGGAAGCACCUGAGCAAUAUCUUGCAGUCAACAAGGAGGAUGUUUUGGCUGGAGAGGAGGCUGAAGAGAGUGAGCAGGCCCAGUCAGAGGAAGUUGCCAAAGAUGCUGCCCCAGGCGGAAGUGGGGGCCCCUCCCAGAGCCUCCUUCAGCCCCCUGUCAAGACCAGAGAGGAGCUGUCCUCCACUCAGGAGGACAACAUCACUGCUGACUUGGUCAGUGAAGAUGGAGCUACCUCUGUGGAAAGACACUUUAGUGAUGGCUCCCCUGCAGUGAGCACCUUGGGGGCACCAGACAGGGUGCCACAGGAGCCCCACAUGUUAGAGGGGCAAGAAGAGUCUGAGGAAGCAGAGGACACCAGCCCCCGUGAGGAAGAAGCAGAGGAGGAGACAGCGGAUGGUCCUGGGCAGCUUGAUGCAGAGGAGGAGGAGGGAGAAGAAGGGGCUACAGUGGCCAGGGAGGGGGAUACCAGCCUACAAGAAGGAGAAGGUUCUGAUGAAGAUGAGUCUGAGGAAAGAGAAGAUUCUGAGGAAGAUGAGGCUGAGGAAGAAGACAGCUCUGAGGAAGAUGAGGCUGAGGAAGAAGACAAUUCUCAGGAAGAUGCCGCUGAGGAAGGAGACAAUUCUCAGAAAGAUGCCGCUGAGGAAGAAGACCCUCAGUCACAGGAAGAUGACAGCACAGUGGAAGCCGCAGAAGAGGGUGCUACUGCCUUGGCAGGAGAAGAAGCCAUUGCCCAUGGAAUAGGAGGAGAAGAAGAGGGUCCUGCCCCAUCAGAGAGAGAGGGGAGAGCAGCGGAGGGGGAAGAGGGGACUUCCCCAGGGAAAGGCAUGGGUGAAGUGGAGCCAGGAGAUCCCAGCCUGACAUCUGACCCUGAGGUUGACACCCACCUCCAGCAUCAAGAGGGAGGCCCCAGUGAAGCAGAAGCAAUGCCCACUCCUCCCAGCAAUGAAGACACCCUCGGUGGUCACGAGGAGGCAUCCUCUGAGCAAGCCCACCCAGCCCCGCCUGCCGCUAGCCCAGCACCUCACAGCAACCCUCCAGCUACUUCCACCGCUGAAGAGGCGGAGGAUGCCGGGGAGUCUGCCAGGAGGGACCGCACCCACAUUGAAAGCACCUUGAAGCUGAAGGAAGAGAAGCCUGCAGAUGACUAUUCAGGCACACUGCAGCGGCUGAGGAAGAUCUACCACACUUCUAUCAAGCCCUUGGAGCAAUCUUACAAGUAUAAUGAACUACGGCAGCAUGAAAUCACAGCUUACCCUGGACGCACCUUGGGCUCCUCAGCCACAGAUGGAGAGAUCACUUCCAAGCCGAUGGUGCUAUUCCUGGGACCAUGGAGUGUUGGCAAAUCCACCAUGAUAAACUACCUCCUGGGGCUGGAUAACACUCCCUACCAGCUCUACACAGGAGCUGAACCCACCACCUCAGAGUUCACCGUCAUCAUGCAUGGCCCCAAGCUCAAGACCAUUGAAGGCAUUGUGAUGGCUGCGGACAGCACACGCUCUUUCUCACCUCUUGAGAAAUUUGGUCAGAACUUUCUGGAGAAGCUGAUAGGGAUUGAGGUCCCUCAUAAGCUCUUGGAAAGGGUUACCUUUGUGGAUACGCCGGGGAUCAUUGAAAACCGGAAGCAGCAGGAACGAGGCUACCCUUUCAAUGAUGUCUGCCAGUGGUUCAUUGACAGAGCUGACCUCAUCUUUGUAGUGUUUGACCCCACAAAGCUGGAUGUGGGGCUAGAGCUGGAGAUGCUUUUCCGCCAGCUAAAGGGACGGGAAUCUCAGAUUAGGAUAAUUCUGAACAAAGCUGACAGCCUGGCUACACAAGAGCUCAUGCGAGUCUACGGAGCCUUGUUCUGGAGCCUGGCUCCACUGAUCAACGUCACUGAGCCCCCCAGAGUCUAUGUCAGCUCCUUCUGGCCCCUGGAUUACGAGCCCGACACCCACAGAGAACUCUUCUUGAAAGAGGAGAUUUCACUCCUAGAAGACCUGAACCAAGUGAUUGAAAACAGGCUGGAGAACAAGAUUGCUUUUAUCCGCCAACAUGCCAUCCGUGUCCGCAUCCAUGCACUCUUAGUUGACCGCUACUUGCAGACCUACAAGGACAAAAUGACCUUCUUCAGCGAUGGAGAGCUCGUGUUCAAGGACAUUGUGGAGGAUCCAGACAAGUUUUACAUCUUUAAAACAAUCCUGGCCAAGACCAAUGUCAGCAAGUUCGACCUCCCUAAUCGUGAAGCUUACAAGGACUUCUUUGGGAUCAACCCUAUCAACUCCUUUAAGCUUCUUGCUCAGCAGUGUUCCUACAUGGGAGGCUGUUUCCUAGAGAAGAUUGAGAGGGCUAUAACCCAUGAGCUGCCAGAGCUCUUGGGGAGUAUUGGCCUGGGGAAGAAACCCAGCGUCCUCUCCUGCGACACAACUGGCUGUGGCGAGACUCCAAAGAACCGUUACAAGAAACAUUAGUAAUCUGUUCAGUGUAACCACUCCUGUGUUCCUGUUGGUGAAUGAGCUUAUGUCUUAUCUGUCCAAGAAGCCAAGGUCUGUUAACCCUUUGAGUGCCACACCGGCAAGAGCUAAUAUGCAAUGAGGACUUGGAGUCACUGGCAUCAGUGGCAGGGAAGUUGGGUGAGCCUACAGAAGAGAAUAAAACACUGUGAAUUCCUGA